GCUCCUUUCUAGAGAGAAGGGGACUGGGACAGAUUAGAGAGAGAAAGAAAGAGAGGAUAAAGUUUACAGCUAAGCAUUUGGUCUUGUUUUUUGGUUGGUUUCUUGUCUUGCUGCUGCUGCCAAUGUUGACCACGACCCGUUGCUUAACCAUUCUACAGUUAAUUAUUUUAGAUUUCGUGUCUUAGAAAUAUCAAAAUGUUACCAUUGAUUAUUCUGAGAAUCCCCUUUUGUUCUCUUGAUAUUUACUUGAUGAUUGAUUGAUGGGUUCCUGUUCUUCUCUCAAUUCUUCCUCUCCCUCUUCGCAUUUUGGAUUUACUUUAUCAAAACAAGUUCUUGUUUGAGUUUGGGUUUUGAGUUUUAGCUAGGAAAUAGAAAUUGAAUUGGAAAUUUGAAUCUGAUAGAAAGAAAGAAAGAGAUGAAGGAAAAGGGUGGGGCUCUUGGAAAUUACUUUGUCUUGAAUACAGGUGCCAAAAUCCCUGCCAUUGGUCUAGGAACAUGGCAGAAUGGUGGGGACCUCUGUGUUGAGGCAAUCAAAACUGCAUUGUCUGUUGGUUAUCGCCAUAUAGAUUGUGCCCAUCUUUAUGGUAAUGAGAUUGAAGUUGGGGAAGCUCUUUCUCAAGCUUUCACUGAUUCUUUACUAAAGAGAGAAGAUGUUUUCUUGACUUCUAAGCUCUACUGUACCAUGAACUCUCUGAAUAAGAUUGAGAAUUAUGUUAGAGUUUCUUUAAAGAAUCUUGGAGUUUCAUAUUUGGAUCUUUAUUUGAUGCACUGGCCUGAUAGCUCCGCUUUUGGUGAUGCCACUGAUCCUCCUUCCAAAUCUGGAAGUGAGUAUAGACAGUUUUUGAAUAGGUUAAAGCAAGCUUGGAAGGCUAUGGAAGGUUUGGUUGAGUUCGGUCUUGUUAAAGCUAUUGGUGUUAGUAAUUUCAAUGUUCAUCAGAUUAAGGAGUUACUCAAAUUUGCCAAAAUUGUGCCUGCUGUCAAUCAGGUUGAGUUGCAUCCUUUCUGGAGGCAAGAAGAAUUAGUGAAGUUCUGUCAAUUGAAGGGUAUCCAUGUAUCUGCUCACACUCCUUUAGGAGUUCCUGCAUCCAGUCCUGGAACUUCAGACAGUGGAUCAGGGGAGGAUGAACCUGGUACUCCUCGCAUAUCAUUUAAAAGGUCAAGAUCUGUACAUGGACCCAUGCUGAAAUUGUCAGUUGUUUCAAAGAUAGCGGAUAAACACAAAAAGACACCUGAACAGGUUAUUCUCCGGUGGGGACUGCAGAGAGGAACCAGUGUUCUACCUUGUAGCCUUAAGCCUGAUCGGAUAAGAAAAAAUAUAGAUAUCUUCAAUUGGUCUCUGUCGGAUGAAGAGUGGAAUCGCUUGAACCUGAUUGAACCACAGGUAUGUUUAUUUGGAAAUGGCCUUAAUAACCUCUCAGACAGUGGCUCCAUAUUUGGUAGUUGUCCCCUUCAAGUUGUACGUGAGAUAGAGGAUGAUGUGGAAUGCAAUGCCUGAUAUAUAAAUUAUAAUACUAUUUUUAUUUAAAAUAAUGAGGUCCAUUUAUGUUAAAAGAUGCCAUGAUUGUUAUAAUUGCCCAUUGUUUGUGAGAUUUAGAUUUUGUGGUUGCUGAAUAGGAAAUCAAAAGUUUCAUUAUUAUUGUUGAUUGAA